AUGGCCCGGCUUGUAUCUUUAGCAUGCCUUGGUCUCCUGCUGGCCCUAGCGGCGUGGGUUUGUGGGGCGCAGGAUGGCGGGGUGAAGCUGUGUGGCCGCGAGUUUAUCCGUACCGUGGUGAUGUCGUGUGGUGGUGCGCGAUGGAAGCGCUACUCCCCAGAGCUCGGACAGCCAAGGGUUAAUCCUUACAGGGAGCUUCUUGAGUGGCUGGACAGUGACAAAUUCAACAGCCCGGGGCACCUCGAAACAACUGAGGAGCCGCAGGACUGGAGCCUGGAUGUUGGGGUCUAUGGGACCUCUACAGAGAGGUCCCAGGACUCUCUGUUCUCCCAGAGUCACGUGGAGACAGACAGAGACAGCUCAGAGGGGGAAUUCCAGCUCCAGAAGUGGUCUCCCCGAUCCAAACGAGAUGCAGGCCCAGCAAAGGUGUGCUGCAAGUGGGGCUGCACCAAGACCGAGCUGGCUAAGUUCUGCUGACCCCGGUGAUACCGCUGCCAGGAUCCACUCAGCCACCUGCAGCUGAAGAAUGAGCGACUCUAUGGAGCUCUGUUUCCAGCAUGCUGGAUGUUUCAUUUCCUAUAGACUGUUCU